CUUCAAACUGCCCAAGCAACAGCCGCUACUAAGGCAACUGCUCUAACAAAUGCUAAUAAUGAGCUUCAAACUGCCCAAGCAACAGCCGCUACUAAGGCAACUGCUCUAACAAAUGCUAAUAAUGAGCUUCAAACUGCCCAAGCAACAGCCGCUACUAAGGCAACUGCUCUAACAAAUGCUAAUAAUGAGCUUCAAACUGCCCAAGCAACAGCCGCUACUAAGGCAACUGCUCUAACAAAUGCUAAUAAUGAGCUUCAAACUGCCCAAGCAACAGCCGCUACUAAGGCAACUGCUCUAACAAAUGCUAAUAAUGAUCUUCAAGUUGCCAAUGCUGGCACUGAUAACAAUGCUAAAACAACAGCUCAAUCCAAGGUUGGUCAAGCAAAUACUGAGAAAACAAAUGCUGAUCAAGCUGUUACAGAUGCUCAAUCCAAGGUUAGUCAAGCAAAUACUGAGAAAACAAAUGCUGAUCAAGCUGUUACAGAUGCUCAAUCCAAGGUUAGUCAAGCAAAUACUGAGAAAACAAAUGCUGAUCAAGCU